AUGGUCCUAGUACCCCCACUCAAUUUCGCCUUUGUGGCGGACGGAAUAUACCGGUCUGGUCAUCCCCUGCCCAUCAACUACCCGUUCCUCAACCAGCUGGAUCUCAAAUCGAUCAUCUACUUUGGCGACAGAGACAUUGGCGACAACCAGGACUACAUUGAGUGGGCCAAGAGCGAGGGAAUCACACUCCACUACUUCCAUGUGAACUCGGCCAAGGAGCCUUUUGUGGAAAACGACCCCGAGGCCAUCAGACAGGCUCUUCAGAUUCUGCUGGACAGACGCAACUUCCCCAUUCUGGUGCACUCCAACAAGGGCAAGCACAGAAUAGGCGUGCUGGUGGGCGUCAUGCGAAAGAUUCUGCAGGGCUGGUGUCUGGCGGGCAUCUUUGACGAGUAUUCAAGAUUCGCGGCGGGCAAGGGAGACUUGGAUGUCGAGUUUAUCGAGACAUUCGAGACGAAACUGCAGUUUGACUUGAAUUAUGCCCCAGAGUGGUUGGCUAUACAAUAA